UUUCAGCAGAUUAUUUUGCGGUUUGUUCAUUUGUAGACGCAAGAUGCCUGCUGGUACACAGGGUGGUAAGAAGAAGCCUUUAAAGGCUCCAAAGAAGGUGGUUGUGACUACUGACGAAGACCUAGAGUUCAAGAAGCGUCAGGCUGAGGAGAAGAAACAACUUGAAGCAGCUCGUAAGGAAUUACUGCAGAAGCAAGCGGCUAAGAAGAAGUGAACACAUUAAGCUUUGGGGGCGUAAUCUUUAUU